GCUCUACUAACUAGCAAUUUUUUAGUGUGAAAAAAUAACAAGAAGGUGUGAAUACAAAGUGCCCAAUUCCAACAAAUGUCCCGCCAGCAAGUGCUGUUGUGGAUUUCCCUCUCUUCCAGGAGUGAACAGAUUGUUCUGCAUAGUCUCAGCCGUCCACUGUGAAUAUUAAGCGAGAAGAGUUCUGACCUCUUUCAGUGAGACAUUGUGAUGGAAUGAUAACAAAUCUGACUGACUCUUCGCCGCUGUGUUUUUAAAUAUUUAUUUUCCAAUUCUGCCUCUCAACCACUACAACUCCUUUACCCUUUCACCAUCUGUCUCCUUGUUUUCAUCUAUUCUCUCCAUCUCACUCUCCUCUGUCCCAUUGGACUGUGAUUGUCACCAUGAAGCUACUUCUGUCUUCAGGCCUGUGUGGCAUGACCCCUUACCAGGGCUCCAUAGUAGGAGGACUCUAUUUUUUGAUGGUGGGCGUCAUGCAAAUGGUCUUUGAGUUUGGCCAUCUGCGCACAGCCAAGGAAAGCACAAACAACACCACAGGCUCCCAGCUUCUGCCCCAGGUGUGCUUUGGUUACUACUACUCUCUGCUUAUCCUGGGUGGCAUCACCCUACUGCUGACCCUGUGCAUGCUCGGAGCAGUUUGGGCCCACCAGCAUGUGGGCAUCCUGGGCUUUGCAGUCUGGCUGACGCUGUACGACGUGAUUCUGUUGGUGGUCACUUGCCUGCUCCAGAGGCAGAUGCAGGCACUGGGCUUGGAGCUGAGUGUACUGGAGUGGUACGGAGUGAUAUGCAGGGUCAUGGGAGACCCCUUCUGGCUGGCCCUCGUAAUCACACACGGUUUGGAAGUGCAGAUUGAGAGGCAUCGGCUUGGGACACGACAACGCAAAGGCGGGAUUCCAAAGGAGGGGACGCAGCUCAAACUGAAAUUUAAGGCCUUUGACAGUAGUGUUUGAAAUGGAGACCCUA